AUGGCUCGCUUCUCGGCCUUCCUUAACCCCGUCCUGGUGCUCUUCAGCUGCGACCUCUGCCUCGUGCGAGCCAACAGGCCACCGUCCCCUGUCAACGUGACUGUGACGCAGCUGAAGGCAAACUCUGCCACAGUCUCUUGGGAUGUCCCAGAAGGAGACGUGGUCAUCGGCUAUGCCAUCUUACAGCAGCGGCAGGAUGGACAGAUGCAGCGCUUCAUCCGGGAGGUGAACACCACCAACCGCGCCUGCGUGCUGUGGGACCUGGCGGAGGAUGCCGACUACAUCAUCCAGGUGCAGAGCAUCGGCCUCUACGGAGAGAGCCAGGCCAGCAAGCGCGUCCACUUCCGCACCCUGAAGGAGACCGACCGCCUCCCUUCCAACAGCUCCAACCAAGGUGAUAUCACCAUGGAAGGGCUGGACAAAGACAGGCAGCUACAGACAGGCGAGAUUAUCAUCAUUGUGGCUGUGCUGCUCAUGUGGGCAGCGGUGAUCGCCCUCUUCUGCAGACAGUAUGACAUCAUCAAGGAUAAUGACUCCAAUAACAACAAGGAGAAGACAAAGCCGUCCUCAGAGCACAGCACGCCAGAGCGACCGAGCGGAGGGCUGCUGCGCAGCAAGAAGAAGUCUCCCUCAGUCAAUAUAAUCGAGGUGUAA